UCUCAAAAGUGGAUUCAGUCAAAAAUUCAUUGAUAAAAAGUAGUUUUUGACUUUGAAAGUUGAUUUUUUUUGGUAGAUUAAUGUUCAAAAAUUGUUGUUUAGCGAUAAAAAUAGAAAUAAACUGAGGAAACCUUGAAAAAAUUAACGAUUUGAUAGGAAGAUGAACUCGUUGAAAGUUGUAAAUAUCGCUCUCCGGUUGAGCCGGAGUCAAGUUCGUGCCUUUUCCGUGACUUCAAACAAUUAUGAGAGUCAUAAAUGCAAAUUACUCAUUGUCGGCGGAGGAGCAGGCGGUUCAGCAGAAGCUGCGAAAUUCACGAAAACAUUGGGAACGAAUCAAGUAAUCGUACUCGAACCGAAGGACAAACAUUACUACCAACCUCUUUUCACACUCGUUGGAGGCGGAAUGAAAACCCUUUCGCAAACUUGGCGUCCCAUGUCUCAAGUUUUGCCUUCAGCUGCGAAAUGGAUUCGUGAUGCUGCCUCCGAAUUCGAUCCCAAAAACAACACAGUCCUCACGGAAAAUGGCGACAAGAUCGAAUACGAUUUCCUCAUAAUUGCCACGGGACUCGUUUUGCAUUACGACAAAAUUCCGGGACUAUUGGAAGCUCUUUCCGAACCAAAUGGACCUGUUUGCUCGAAUUAUUCUCCGAAAUAUGUCGAUCGAACAUUCGCUGCGUUCAAAAACUUCAAAGAGGGAAAUGCCGUUUUUACUUUUCCCAAUUCGCCGUUGAAAUGCCCGGGUGCUCCGCAAAAAGUCAUGUACUUGUUUGAUGAAUAUGCGCGAAAAACGAACAAACGGAAGAGUGCAAAUAUCAUUUACAACACGACGUUGCCGAAUAUUUUCGGAGUGAAACAUUACGCGGAUGCUUUGUGGAAGAUUUGUGAGAAACGUGACUUGAAAGUGAAUCUGAGGACGAAUUUGGUGAAAAUUUAUCCGCACAAGAAACAGGCGUUGUUUGAAAAUAUGGAUAAUCCUGAGCAGAAAAUGACGUUAGAUUACGAAUUAUUGCAUGUGACGCCGCCUCAAAGCACGCCAGAUUGCUUAAGAAACAACAAAGAACUCACUAACGAGCUUGGAUUCGUUGACGUCAACAAAGAUACGCUCCAACACGUAAAAUUCAGCAAUAUUUUCGCCAUCGGUGAUUGUUCAUCUUCUCCUAAUUCAAAAACUGCAGCUUCAGUUGGAUCCCAAUCGAAGGUCGUUCAUGCCAAUCUUCUCGCCGUGAUGAACGGUAAAAAGCCCUCUGCAGUGUAUAACGGUUACGCAUCAUGUCCUUUGACAACGGGAUAUUGGUCUUGCAUAAUGGCAGAGUUCGAUUACUCGUUAACUCCAUUGGAAAGUUUCCCGUUAGAAGGAAGCAAAGAACGAUUGACGAUGAUGUUGAUGAAAAGGGAAUUCCUUCCGUUCCUUUAUUGGCAAUUUUUGGUCAAAGGAUUGUGGAAUGGACCUGGAUGGAUUCGAAAAUUGUUGGUUGCGUUGAAGUUAAAGGAGAAAAAUGUCACUGAAUUGCAAUUAAAGUAAUUUUUUUUAAAUGUUGAAUAAAAAAAAUAUUUUUUUUUUAAUUUGGUAAAACUAAAAAAAAGUCAGGAAAAAAAAUAAAAAUUUAUAUAAAAAUUUUAAUUUUGUAAAAUUUUUUUUAUGAACAAUUUUAUCAAAAUUAUCGCAAUUUUUCUUUGAUUUAAUAUAAGAAUAACUUCUAAUCUAAUCAAAUUGAUAUAAAAAGAAAUAAAAAGCGAAAUUUUGGCAAAAACAAUUUAAUCACAAAAAUUGUACUUCAGUCUUUGAAUGCCUUCAACAAUGGCAACUACUGAUGUUUUUUUGCAUUGG